GUCAGCUCCGCUUCGAGUCGCGAGUGCCUCGACGGAAACGCGAACGUGAAAUAUUCGGCUCGGGGAGCGUGCGGGAUAAAAUAUAAAAACAAAUAAACUGGUGCGAAUAAGAAAAGAUGAAAAUUAAUCUAGCGCCCCGCGAUCCGAGGGUGCCGAUUACCCCGAGGCAGCCGCGUCGGAGAUGACUCCGUUUUAUUUCCCUAAUGUUGUUCCGAGUUAUUGUUUUACAAUGGCGUCGGAGCGUGGAGAUCGCGGCUCGAGUGUCUCUGAUCAACGAGGUGUGCAUGUAGUGCUGUUUAGUGCCCUCGGAAAUUAAUGCAACGGACGAGGCUGCAUCCUAGUGCGGCGGGUUGAAUUCGCGAACGAUUUGUUAAACCUGCACGGACUGUCCCAGUGCCGGGAUUUUUUGGUGCUAAUUUCCCGGGGGAAAUUUCAGUCACUGUACACCAGGUACUCGUUACGCGAUUUUUCGUUUUUUAAACUUCUUUGCCUCUUUUACAGCGCCGGGAACACACUAUUCGUACACGGGUGAAAAAUCAGGUACGAUACGUAUAGAGCGUGCAAUAUGAAAAUAAAGAAAAGACACUCCGUGAAGAAAAAGGAUAGAUUAAAAUUGUCGAAAAAUGAAUUGUGACUCGGGCGCGAAUCUUCGCUACGACAGAAACCGACUUUCAUCCUACGUGACAUCCGAUACCCGUUAUUACCAGUGUGACAAUUCCGCCGGGAAGAUUGGCCGAUUGUCAAAGUAGUAAAUUUCGCGAAAGUGAUAAAUUAAAUUCGACGAAUUAGCCUGCUGAAAAUAAAAAAAAGAAGAAAAAAAAACGAAGAAGACAAAGACGAAGGGGAAGCGGAAAAAGUAGUAAAAGGUGACGAGAAACGUGUUCGAGCGAUGGAAGUGAGGAAAGAAUACUGAGUUACACCGAGUCGUGGUUCCGGUUCGUGGUUUAGCAGUGCUGCAUCCGACAUGCAGGGCAAGGAGAGUCCUGUCGGGCCCAACACCCAGGAGGCCCAGCAAUACGUUGGGCCUUACCGCCUGGAAAAAACGCUGGGAAAGGGACAGACGGGUCUGGUAAAACUCGGGGUUCAUUGCGUCCUCGGUAAGAAGGUGGCCAUCAAAAUCAUCAACCGUGAAAAACUCUCGGAGUCGGUCCUGAUGAAGGUGGAACGAGAAAUCGCCAUUAUGAAGCUGAUCGAUCAUCCUCACGUUUUGGGGCUCUCCGACGUCUACGAGAACAAGAAGUAUUUGUAUCUCGUUCUCGAGCACGUUUCGGGAGGCGAGCUUUUCGACUACCUCGUCAAGAAGGGAAGGCUGACGCCUAAGGAGGCGAGGAGAUUUUUUCGACAAAUCAUUUCCGCCCUAGACUUUUGCCACAGUCAUAGUAUAUGUCAUAGAGAUUUGAAGCCUGAGAACCUGCUGCUGGAUGAAAAGAAUAACAUAAAAAUAGCGGAUUUUGGAAUGGCAUCGCUCCAGCCGGCGGGUUCGAUGCUGGAAACAAGCUGUGGAUCGCCGCACUACGCUUGUCCCGAAGUAAUUAGGGGAGAAAAAUACGACGGAAGAAAGGCCGACGUCUGGUCGUGCGGAGUCAUUCUGUACGCCCUUCUCGUCGGCGCCCUGCCUUUCGACGACGACAACCUGAGGCAACUCCUGGAGAAGGUGAAACGCGGAGUGUUUCACAUACCGCAUUUUGUCCCGCCCGACUGCCAGAACCUUCUGCGUGGAAUGAUAGAAGUUAACCCCGACAAGAGACUGACUCUCGCCGAAAUAAACAGGCACAUAUGGGUGACGGCCGCAGGGAAGGGCGAACUUGAGUUGGAGCUUUCCAUGAUGGAUGUUGUUCAAACUCACGUCAUUCCGUCCGUGGAUGCGAUAGAUCCAGACGUCCUUCAGGCGAUCGCGAGCCUGGGCUGCUUUAAGGAGAGAGAUAAAUUGAUACAGGAACUGCUUAGCCCCAACCACAACACGGAGAAAGUGAUAUACUUUUUACUACUUGAACGAAAGCGAAGAAGACCGGCGUGCGAGGACGAGCUCGAGGUGAUAAGGAGUGGAAUCAGAAGCUCGACCGGACAGCUGGAAGCUGAUCCACCGAGGAAACGAGUAGACACUUGUAGAGUUAACGGUAGCACGGCUCUGAACCUAGGACAAAUCAGUCACGGGUCGCCAUUGACGCCGAGAAGACAAACCAGCGGGAGUGCGAGACACCACGCACGGCGUUCGCCAAGCACCGGUUCCCACUCGCAUGCCUCUCAUUCUCACGCUUCAACGCCGGGUGGUUCGCCACUCCACGUACCGACGGUUGCCGGUCUCCUCAGUCCUCACAGAGCGGUGCCGAGCUCUCAUCUUGCCCAAAGUGGCAGUCCUCACAGGUUAUCUGUCGGCAGUGCAUCGAGCGGAAACAGCAGCCAGACCCAGGUGAUGCCGCCUCCUAUUCCACCGCCAGCCAGCGUCGGGAUUGAGCUGAACGAAGUCCAACCUGUUCUUGCUGUUGGAAUAACACCGCCAGGAUCUCCUCAUACCGGCGCAGGAUCUGGGUCUCAUCACUGGAGGUCACGACUCACUACAAUUAAAAACUCCUUCCUUGGCAGCCCGAGGUUUCAUCGGCGUAAAUUGCUCACAAGCACCGAAGAGGUACAUCUAACCCCGGACUCGUCACCUGAACUGACGAAGAAAUCGUGGUUCGGCAGUCUGAUGACGACCGAAAAAGACGAAACCUUCACGAUCCUGGUUAAGGGAAAACCCUUGGCCAGCAUCAAGGCGGAUUUGAUACACGCGUUUCUCUCGAUAGCGGAAUUGUCUCACAGCGUAAGUUCGCCAAUGUCAUUCAGGGUAGAAUACAAAAGGGGAAGCACCGCGCCAGCCAUGUUCCAGAGGCAAGUGCGGUUUCAAGUCGACAUAAGUGCUAUUUCAAAACAGCCCAGCGAGCCUCUUUUCGCCAUCACCUUUACGCUACUCAGCGGUAACAUACGGAGAUUCCGGAGGGUCUGCGAGCACAUACAAUCCCAAGUCUGCGCGCGAGGAAUCGGUAUGGGAAUUGGAGGUCAGAGCAGAGCAGCCCCACCGAGUCCAAGAACGUCGCGGAAAUUCACUCAGGAAAUGAGCGAAAGUUCGAGCUGCGGAAGUGAUACCAGUGAAAGAUUGUCCCUGAGUCCUCAUCCCGCUACCAGACAGGUAGUGUGUUUCAGCAAGAUCGAUUCAGACAUCGAAUCGGACACGUCGGUGUUCGACGUGAAAUCGCCAACGCGUGAAAACGGUCGGAGAAGCUCGACUUCGACGAACAACAACAACGCGUUGCCGGGGGAAGUGACCACUUCUCCUGGAAGUUCACCAAAGGCGGUAAGGAGUAACUCGGAGAGUCAGAAUGCGGCGGAGAAAAAAUGCGUGACUACGAUGAGCGGCAGCAACAUAGCGUGAUACUACCAGAACUUCCAAUUCCGGUUCGACCUUAGAUCCAGUCUUAGAAAUAUGUGGAACACCAGACAGGGAUUCUGGUGAACGCGAAACGGCGACAGAAGGAUCAUCGGGAACCAGAAACCAGAAACCAGAAACCAAAAACCAGUCGGAUGGGCCAACCAGGAUGCUCGGAAUGCGUUAGAAAAAGUCUAAGAAACUUUCAAACUCGUGACUAGGUGCCUGUUGUAAACGAUUUAUAGGUAUAUCCUAUUCGGCAAUUAUAUAGCUUACAAUUAAUGUACAUGUAGUGUAUAAAAGUGAGGCACUGUUCGACAACUCUUUCUUUGAAUGAAUACAUUUUACUGUAUCACUACCUCUCACUCGACAUAUCAUGAUGCAUGUUGCAGCGUAGGUACGACAAGGAGUACAAAACUGCGUAGGUACUCGGCACAAGCCCGAUGCGUUCGAUUCGAGUAGAUCUGCGUUAUGCAUUAUGCGCAUUGAGGAUCAGCAGAGAUGCAUUUAUUUGAUGAUGAUAGUUACUACGGUGCUUUGCCGGAUGUGUUAUAUUUGACGAAAGGAAACGGCAUCCUUUUAGUAUCUUCUUGUCAAAUCUGUGAAAAAAACACCAAAUACAUAGGUAUAAUAAUGAAUACUUUUUUUCGACGUGGAUAGAAAAAAGUAGAGGGAAAGAAAACACCUGUACUACGAUCCGUAUUAACGGGACACCUCGUUUGAUGGCCCGUUGUGCGUGGAUCGAUCGAUCGAGAUUACAUUCGAUAAAAUUCUAUGCAAAGUCGAAGUUCGAAGAAUGAAAAAAAAAAAAAAAAAGAAAUACACAAACACGAGAAGAUGAAAAAUAUCAGUGAAUAAUAAAACAUGUAAAAACGAAAACUUUACUGCCAACAUAGAUGCGAGUGUUUAUCCGCGGCGUGCUUUUAAAAAUGGUAUAGAUGAUUUAAGGAGUCGUGUUAUACUUUUAGGAUAGUUAUUGCAAGUGAUAGCUAAUAGGUCGUUUCAGUCGUUUCAUGCGGUUACGCCAAGCUCAACCUAACACGAUAACCAGACAUGAAUGAAAUUUACACGCACCGGUAAUAAAAACGGUGAAUUAACAAACGAGUAAAACGAUUCUCGCGGCGAAAGAAGGUCGAUUAAAAAAUGGUGAGGACUGAUCUCAAUUGGUAUAUAAUACAACUAACAUGAUACGUAGGUACACGAUGUGAGGCAAAACAAUUAAAAAUAAGCUGUAGCGGAAAAGUAGGCGUUUUUGUGCAAUAGUCAAACUUUUAUUUUCGUUCUCCCCCCGCCAUUCGAUUUAAAAAGAAUGGUUAAAAAUCGAACAUAAACAUGAACAGAAACGAUACAAAUAUAUGUUCAAUACGGCUUUUCUCAUCCAGCUUUGCGUAAGCGUUGUGCAAAAAAAAAAAAAAAUACUGUCAUUAUUACUAAUCAUCAAUUAGUAUUUAUAUAAUUACUAUAAAUAUAUAAGUAGUAUUUAUAUAUUUAAGAUAUAUUUUCUCAAUAAACAUAUCUCAUAAAAAAAUAAUUAAUUAAUUAAUUAAUUAAUUAAUUGAUAAAUUAAUUAAUCAAAACAAAGAAGUGAAUGCGGAAAGAGAAAAGAAAAUUAACCCCGUUUCAUAUGGUAUAGGUGUAAAAAUAUACAAUAAAAUCAACCGUCGUGAUAAUUUGUAAAAAAAUUUAUGUCGCUGAUGAAAUCGCGGGUAAUAGUACAGAAGAUUUUAUUCCCAAAAAAUCAAAGUGAAGAUAUUUCAAAUAAAAUAAAAAGACCGAAAGCCAAGCGACAUUGUACAUCCUACAAAUAACUUCUUCGUGAAUUUCUUCUGCACAAUCACUCGUCCGGUUUGUGACAAUACGAUAAUUCACAGGUUGGCGUAAAUGUUCGACAGAAUGCAGCAAAAACCAAAAAAUAUCGAAACAAUCUCAUUGCAAGAUUAUACUUGAUAGCAUCUCGUUUUAUCGCUCAGGUUAGAAUGCAUAUAGACGGCGUCUCGUUCCUAUAUAAUAAAAACCAAAAAUAAAACGAAAUUUAAAAUUAUCAUUAACAGUAUGAAAGCUAAAUCAAUUUUAGCAACGACGGAAAAGUGUAGCACUGCGUUCAAUCAUAAUUGUCAAAAAAGUGGUGAAAAAACAAAAUAAAAAUCAAAAAAAAAAAAAU